AUAAAUUUCACUCAUUUACAAUCUGGUCGUUUGUAAUAAAUUCCUUCCUUAAUAAAUAUUAUCUUUUAAACUAUACAAUCUGGUCGUAAAGCGUUAAUAAUUUUUUCAUUAUAAAUAUUAUUUUUUUAAAAAAACUAAAAGAUGCAAUCUCAAACUGUUAUAAUUAUUGAGAACAGUAACAGGUUUACUGCAGAAUCGACAAUCUCUUUGAUUCUCACUUCCAUUAACAUUAUAAGUUGUUCGUAUGUUCUAAGUCGAUUAUAUUUUAUACGUCGAUUAAAAGGUGUUGAAAUCAAAUAUCCAACUUGCUUUGCAAUUACAUGUUUGAUUUAUUCUAUAAUACAAAUUAUAAAUUUUUUUAUAAAUAAUUCAAAUUUUCAAAAUUAUCGAACUGGAAUAUUUGGCAGAAUCUUUGAGAAAUUUUAUCCAACAUUCUUAACUGCAAAUCUGUUAUUAAUUGGAUUCUUAGAAUUAACAACUUUAUCGAAAAUGAAAAAUAAAAUUGAUAAUAAUAAUGAUAAAACUGAAAGAUAUGAUAAUUAUAUGUGGCAAGAAAUGUUUUUAUUAUCUUGGAUUGCUUCCAUCUUUAGAAUAAAUCGUUAUGAACCAUUGGAAUUAAAUCAUAUACCUCCCAAACAUGUAAUAUUCGAAUAUCAUUUCAAUGCUAUUAUAAUAUUCAUUGUUAUUAUAAGCGCAAUUUUUUAUCUAUCUGAAUUAAAAAAAAAUUUACAUAAAGUUAUUUCACGAGAACUUUUAAUAAAAAGAUUGAAAACCUGCGAUUAUAUGAAUCCUAAUGUUAUUAGGGCUUAUAUAUUUUGUAUUAUCCCUUUUCUUUUUCAAUGGUCUUUGAUCUUAUUUUAUAAUAUUAUGAAAUCAAUUGGAAUAAAUGAUUUAUCUUUGAACAUUCUAUUGAUAAUUGCUGUAAAUAUUGGAGGAAUUGGAUAUGGAAUAUCAUACUUUAUUUAUGAACGAAAAUAUCUUUACACUAAUUUCUCAAAUGACAAUCCAAUAAUACUUUCAUAUGGCACUUUAUUACCAACAGACGACCAAUUAAUUUCUGUAUCAACACAAUAGACUCCCUACUUUAAACUUUCUUUUUCAAUAAAAAUCUUAAAAUUAUUCGUAUCAUUUUAUUGAUAUAAAUUUCUAACAUGUACGAUUAAUUAAUUUGAAAGUUGUUCGCUACAUUUUUUAUUGGUGAAACAUAAAUUAAUUUAACACUGUGCAUGAUGAUAGCCUGAUAAGUUAAGGCGUAGUAUGACAUUCACUUAAAUUUCAGUGAUGAGCUCAAUUUAUUUAUUAUUUGUAUUAAUAACAGAUUAUUAAAACUCGAAAAUCAUUUAUUUAUUUUUUUUUAAAAAAAAAAUCUCUUACCAAAUCUCCU